UCUCUCUCUCUCUCUCUCUCUCUCUCUCUCUCUCUCUCUCUCUCUCGCGCGCGCGCCUGACAACAAAUAAUUUUAUUUUGGUAAAAUAUCAUAUUGACCCCUUUCAAUUCCACGCCCUCGGUGCAAUUAAAAACCCUAAUUUGCUGUCGCAUCCCUUUCUCUCUCUACUCCCAAAAUAUUUGAAACCCUAGCGCUCUCUCUCUCUCUCUCUCUCUCUCUCUCUCUCUCCUCUCUCUCAUGGCGGCGGCCGCGCGGGAAGAGAAGCAGAAGCAGGCGUAUGAAGGAAUGGGAGCGGGAGGCAAGUUUCGGAAGACGCCGUUUCGAAGGACCUCCCAUUCGACGCCAUACGAUCGGCCGCCCACGUCACUGCGAAACCCUAGCACUGCCAACGAUGGCUGGCUCUCGAAGCUCGUCGAUCCGGCUCAGCGGCUCAUCUCCUACAGCGCCCACCGCCUCUUUUCCUCCGUCUUUCGCAAACGCCUUCCACCGCCUCAGUCGCCUUCGACAGGGGUAAAUCAUGAAGUAAGGAUCAAGGGCAAAGAAGAUGUUACCAUGUAUCCUCCAGGAGUGCAAAAAGGCACAGUUGAUCAGAGUGCUGGUCCAAGUACUACUGCUGAUGGAGGCGAGUUCACUGAGCUCAAACAAAUUUUAGAGCAAAAAACUUUUACCAGAUCUGAAAUUGAUCGAUUGACAGCGUUAUUGCAUUCAAGAACUGUUGAUAUACCAAUUGAGAAUCAAGAGAAAAGGUCGGAAGUGGUGCCUUCAAAGCCAGUGGUUUCUCAUGACAAAAAGGAGGAAUUUCUUAAAACUCCAGUGCAAGACAAAAAUGGGAUUGAGAGCCGUCUUGUUUCAAACCCUGUUGUCAAUACAAGUGUCCUUCAUGAAGAUGUUGCUUCACCUGCAGAGCUCGCAAAAGCAUACAUGGGCAGUAGGCCUUCAAAAGUAUCCCCAUCAAUGUUAGGUUUACGAGGUCAAGCACACCAUGAAGAUUCACCUAUUUUGAGCAGUCUACCAAUUCAGUCAAAAUCACCAAUGAUGUCACUUGUGCCAUGGACUUCUGGCAAUGGGGGGGCUCAAGAAAAUGGUUUUGUGACCCCUAGAUCGCGAGGCAGAUCUGCUAUAUACAAUAUGGCUCGAACACCAUACUCUCGAGUUCGCACAACUACAACAUUCAAGGGUGCUGGGUCCACAGUUGAUGCUUAUGGUGGGGCGUCGUCUUCUCAGUCUGUAUCGGAGCAAAGCCAACCUUCUGGAUCUAAACAAGGGGUCUUAAAACGCAGAUUUUCAGUCUUAGAUAAUGACAUAGGAUCUGUUGGUCCUAUUCGUAGAAUUCGUCAAAAACCUAAUCUUCUAUCUUCAAGAGGCUUGAGCUCACCAGUAUACAGCACUACUUCUUCUAUUCGCGGGACUAGAAUAAGUUCUGAGGCUGCUCAAAAUCCACCAUCUUCAAUAUGGAAGCCACUAUCAUUGGGUGAACCUAAGCAUAACGCAUUGUCAGAAAAUGGGGACAAUGCUGUUCCUAGUACAAGUUUCUCUUCUGUUCCCUCAAAAUCCAGCAAGAUGGCUUCCAAAAUUCUGGAGCAGCUUGAUAAGUUGGUCUCCCCUAAAGAGAAACCAUCUGAGACCAAUCUACAUACUGUGAGAGAUAAAUCGCCAACUAAGCUUUCACCAUCCAUGUUACGUGGUCAGGCUCUGAAAAGCCUGGAGGAUGCGGAUUCGUCAAAAUUUAUGGAUAAUGUCCAUAAUAAUAAGAGUAAUUCUAAGUUGAAUGUAUCAUUUGAUCGAUUGAUACCAGAUGCUCGAGACUUCACCUCUGAAAAUGAGGACAAGGAUAAAGAAAAUGGCCCAUUGAGAAUUAGAGCUCCUUGUGACAGUUCAGCUAUACUAAUGAAUGGUGAAGAUUCUACAGCAGAAAAGAAGGAUAUUGUGCCAAAUGUUAAAACUGCAGUUUCUACUGCAUCAAACGCUGUUCAUCCUCCACAAAAGAAACGGGCAUUCAGGAUGAGUGCACAUGAGGAUUAUCUUGAGCUGGAUGAUGAUGACAAUUCUAUGGUGGAGACUUUCUCGACUGAGAAGAGCAGUAUUGGUACUGCAACUGCUACACUGGAGAAGCCUCCAGCUUUCUCUGAUGGGUCUGUGCUUGCUGAGAAUGGCACCAACACUAUUGGCUCUAGUGCAUCGUCAUUCAGCAAGAUGGUAUCUACCCAGCCAUCCUCCAACACUAUCGGCUCUAGUGCAUCGUCAUUCAGCAAGAUGGUAUCUACCCAGCCAUCCUUUACAUAUGAUAAAGUUGCUCCACCAGAAGAAUCAAAUGCUGGUCCUUCAAUGUUUAACUUUGGGGGUAAAGUUACUUCAAUGAAGGAUUCAGAUGCAGCUUCUCCUGUGUUUAACUAUGUCUCUAAGAGUGUUGACGAAGUUGCACAGCCACAGUUUGCUUUCGCUUCGUCACCUGCAGUUGGUGAAUCUGUUGACGUAAAAUCUGGUGCCUUUUCAGUCCCCAAACCUGAGAGCUCAAGCAGUGUAUCUGCCAUUGUAGCUGCUGCAACAAAUUCUGUACUCAAACCACUUGAAUCAGAUAAAGCUGAUAAUAAGAAUAAUGCUGGAGUCUCUUUUAGGAUAUCUGAAACUGCUCUGUUCUCUGUAUCAUCAGCAUCAUCAACCACAGGCAUAUUCUCCAAUGGCACCCCUUCCAAUAAUUCAAGCCUAAAUAAUGGGUCAACCCCUCCAUUUUCUCCCUCUGUUCCUUCAGCUUUUUUGACAAGUCCAAAUUCAUCAGGUAGCAUGACCCUCACUGCCAACACAAACAGUGGUAACAACAUUGCUAGCGCAACUGCGGUCACCACCGACAGUUGCAAUGUUUCUAGCUCAGCCCCAGCACCUUCAUUUUCACCUGUGCCUAAUUUCAAAGUUGAAUCCUCCACAGCUUCAACUGCAGUAACCACCAACAGUACCAAUGUUCCUAGAUCAAAUCCAGCACCUUCAAUGCUAGCUGCGCCUAAUUUAUUUGAAUCCUCCACUGCUUCAAUUGCAGUUACACCAGUCCCAGUAAAUUCUUCCUUAGACUCUUUUGAAGGAAAGAACAAGGAAGACAAGGGCUUUGGUAAUCUAAGCAGCACCUCUUUUGCUGCCACAUCUGCUGCCAUUCCAAGCACAGGGAGUGGUAUGUUUGGAUUGGUUAGUGGUGGUGCUGCUACGACGUCUGCUGCUAACCAGUCCCAGGGUACUCGUUUUGGUGCUGGCAGUGGAUCUGUUCCUAUUUCCCAGCAGACUGGAAUUGCAUCAUCAGCUGCUUCACCAUCAUUCGGGUUGUCUGGAAGUACUGGACAGUUUGGCUCAACCUCUGCUCCUAAUCUGUUUAGUUCAGGUGCAAGUACUGGACUUGGGUCUUCUGCUCCCUCAUUGGAAGCCAACUCCAGUAGCAGUACUGCUCCUGGCAUAUUUGGUUCCAGUUGGGAAUCCUCUAAGUCUCCUGCAUUUGCUUCCACAACAUCUUUGUCAGCUGGGUUGUCGUAUGGAGCAUCCUUGGCUACUUCUGCACCUACUCUAUUUGGAGGGUCCUCGACUGCUGCUACUCCUAGUAACAAGCCUUUUGUCUUUGGAGGAUCCUCAACUGCUGCUGCUACUACAAACAGCGCACCUAUAUCGUUUGGAGCUUCUGCAGUUUCUUCUACAAAUGCCAAUGGGGCAUCUAUGAUGUUUGGAUCAUCCAAUGGCGCAUCCUCAACUUCGAUGUUCCCAUUCACUUCAUCUGCAGCUAGUACUGCCCCAUCACAGCCUGCAUUUGGGAACCCAAAUCCUGCUUUUCCAUUUGGUUCCUCGGGUAAUAAUGAUCAAAUGAACUUUGUAGACAGCAUGGCUGAAGACACUAAUCAGGCAUCUACGCCUACAGUCCCAGUAUUCGGUCAGCAGCCUGUGUUUGGUCAACAGCCUGUUUCAAACCCAGAGUCUGGCUAUGUAUUUGGAUCUACACCUGCAGUCCCAUUGGCGAAUCCCUUCCAAUUUUCAAGCCAACAGAAUCUAGCCAACCCACAGAACCCUUCACCAUUUCAGGCUUCGGGCAGUUUGGGUGCAAGUCAAGGGGGCAGCUUCUCUUUGGGCGCUGGUGGUGACAAGUCUAACCGAAGAAUUGUGAAGGUUAAACACAACAGGCAGCGGAAGAAGUAAAAGCAUCAGUGGUAAAAUGUGGGUGGUGUGGUGGUUGUUCUCUGUUCUCUGUAUGAGGGUGAAUAACUUUAAUAUGCAAGACUAGAUACAAGAGAUUGCUGGUCCGAUACUGAUGAAGGUAUAAUUUUCCUUCUGUGGUUAGGAAGAUCAGACUAUUCUGUUUGCUCUACAUAUAUAUUGUUUCCCUCUUUCUUUUUACAAUCGAGCCAAAUUUUCGUGGUUGGAAUGAGAGGUUUUUCACAAUUUUAUACCAGUUUGUAGUCGGAACAUUUAUGCUUUUGUAUUAGUACAUGUAGUAGGUGAAUGUUUUUGUAUUAGUAAGUGUAGGUGGUAUUAGGCUUUCUGGCUGGGCAAUUGUGUUAGCAACUGUUUUCUGUGUACUCUGCUUUUUGUAACAUAAAAGGAAACAGCGGUGAAUGUGUCCAAGCUUAUCUGCUGGCCGCCUACUGAUUUUUCCCAGGAGGCAGGGGAUACAUGAUGCAGCAGUGAGCACAUUACUUGGGUCUUAAUCAAAUUAGCUUCUUUCCAAAUAAAUAUAUUGUGCAUUUAUUUUAGGUAUCGUGUGUUUUGCUUGCAUUGAAUGAUUGUGUUGUAAGAAUGUGUCUUUUGCUUUGUGUUUACGUGUGCAAAAGGGCUACGCCUGAUGCUAGCAUAUUCGCAUUUCAUGUUUAUAUUGGUGUUGACUGAUAUUGAAAAGAGUUAAUGCUAGAGGGGAAGCA